AAAAGCUAAAACCCCCAAAACUCAAACCCCGCUUCUGUUCUUGAAAAUGGGGAAGAAGAUCCCACCGUUUCUGAGACCAUUAAACCUCCUCCGACGCAAUUACCAAACAAAAAAUCAUCCCCUUCCCACUCAACAACUCAUCUCUACUCCACCACCACCACCACCACCACCUCCACAGCAACCGUAUCUCGCUUCACCUGAUAAGAGAACAAAGAAAAAUUCACUACAACCUUCUCCAUCAACUAAACCCAUUUUCACCUCUCGGAGUCUCACUGAUGCAAAGAAAACAUUCGAUUACAUCCUCUCUACUUCUCCAUUUCCACUCGAUACUCGCCACAACAAUUCCCUCCUUGAAUCCUACUCUCAAGUUGCAACAUUAGAUGAUUCCAUUUCUUUCCUUGCUCACAUGAGAAUGAAACAACCUUCAUUUUCUCCUGAUUCUUCAACUUACAAUGUCAUGUUUUGUCAGCCUUGCAAAUUACAUUUGGAAUUUGUUGAGGACAUCUCCAUUGUCCGUAAGGUGCUUGAUUUUAUGGCUGCUGAUGGUUUCUCUCCUGGUCAUGGUACAGUUGAUUUAGCUGUUCGUUCUUUGUGUUCCGUUGGACGAGAGGAACGUGCUAUUUUGCUUGUUAAGGAGUUAUCGGCGAAAUACUCACCGCCUGAUAAUUUUACUUACAAUUUUUUAAUUAGGCAUUUGUGUAAAACUAUGUCGAUAGACAGUGUUUACGGUUUCAUUGACGAAAUGAGAGGUUCGUUUUCGGUGAAGCCUGAUAUUGUUACUUACACAAUUUUGAUUGAUAGUGUAUGUAAUAGGAAGAAUUUAAGAGAAGCAAGAAGAUUGAUUGGAGUGCUUGGAGAAGCCGGGUUUAAACCCGACGCUUUUCUUUAUAAUACAAUCAUGAAGGGUUACUGCACACUGAAUCGGGGAAAUGAGGUGGUUGGUGUUUAUAAGGAAAUGAUGGAAAAAGGUAUUGAGCCUGAUGUUGUGACUUACAAUACGAUGAUUUUUGGGUUGUCAAAGGUGGGAAGACUUGACGAAGCUAGGAAAUAUUUGGCUGGAAUGGCUGAAAUGGGCCAUUUUCCAGACACGGUUACGUACACGAGUUUAAUGAAUGGGAUGUGUAGGAAAGGAGAUGCAAUUGGAGCUUUGCGUUUGCUUGGGGAAAUGGAGGGGAAGGGUUGUGAACCUAAUUCUGUUACUUAUAAUACUUUACUUCAUGGAUUGUGCAAGUCGAGAUUGUUGGAUAAAGGGUUGGAGUUGUAUGAGGUGAUGAAAUAUAAAGAGAUGAAACUUGAGCCAGCUUCUUAUGCUACUUUUGUUAGGAUGUUGUGUAGGGAGGAUAGAAUUGCAGGAGCAUAUGAAGUUUAUGAUUAUGUGGUGGAGAGUAAGAGUUUGACAGAUGUUGCUGCAUAUGAGGGCUUGGAGAAUGAACUUAAGUGGCUGAAGAAAGCUAAAGCUCAAGGAAUUGCUUAAGUGGUGUAAAAGGAACCAGUGAAUGCAGCUACACAUCCGAGAUCAGCGGGAGAGGCUGAGCUUGUUAAAAUAUAUGUCAUAAUUUUUUGUGGGUUCUUAAUGCCGACCAUCGUCAUGUCUCCGAGAUGCAGAGAAAGUCUGCCUAUCUUCCAGCAAAUGGUUGUACUAACUGAAAUGCAAUGGAUACAAUCCUACAAGCAGAUUAAGAGCUUCUUUUUUGUGGGUUCUUAAUGCCGACCAUCGUCAUGUCUCCGCGAUGCAGAGAAAGUCUGCCUAUCUUCCAGCAAAUGGUUGUACUAACUGAAAUGCAAUGGAUACAAUCCUACAAGCAGAUUAAGAGCUUCUUGCUAGCAAAGGUAUGAUGUAUCUCGUAACCGUCUCUAGUAUUUGUGUUUCAUAUGGAAAUGUUGCAAAGUUGGAUUUAAAUCUUAGUAGGAGUAGUUUUACAAUGAGAAAAUUGCUUUAUGUUUUCGUAGCUGAAACGAAAAGUGACUAGGUCAGAUCAAAGCAGAUGGUUUUAGAAAGUACAAAAGUUCAUCACUUAAUACUCAUCGGUCCACCUUCCCAGUCAUUUAGAAAACUCUAUGGACUUUGGCUAGCUGGUUUUUGUUAGUACCAGCAAUUCCUACUCGGUAGAAAGACAUAAAUAUUGCAUAUUCAGACUGCUGUCUGCUUCUAAUCUUGUUAAAACUCGAAGACUUUGAUCAGCUUAGUUUAGGGGCAGUUUGGGUGAUCAGAUUUGAGAUUUUAUGUGCAGCUUAAUUCCACCUAUAAAAGGUAUUACCUAAUUACUAGUCAUCAGUUCGUGCAGCACAGCUGCCAUGAACUUCUCUCACUAAUAUAAUCUCAGGGUGAGGUCUCCGUCUCAUUGCCUCCUACCUUUUAGUAGUUACGCUAAGUGCAGACUGCACUGCACCUAAGAAAUCAUGUUUACAAUUAUUAAAUUUAUUUAUCAUCACAAGAAGCACUUAUCUUCCUUGGAAUUCAACUUGAACAUACAUAUCGUAUCUUUUGUUGUAGCAUAACUCGGCCAUUCAGGUCAGAUCCAAUUACAGCUUGACUGACAUAAUUGUAGUGAAACUGAGUAUAGGAUGAUAGUUUUUUUUGGUUCCGGGUAAUUUUCUUUUAAUUAUAAAGAUUUAGUGGGUAUGACUUAGACUGUUAAUAUCGAGUUUCAACCACUUUUUAUGCUCAUGCUACUACUAUUAACUAUUAAGACAUUCUUUCACAUUCACUUUCACCCCCACAUGCCAAACUUAUUAGUCUCUUAGUGGGAGUCUGGUAGUGAACAAGGUGAACUGCUAACCCUUUUUGAUGAUAAAGCAUUGUGUUUUGUUUCCUGUAGGAGUUUGUUGUUUUUAUUGUAAUGAUGGUUUAGUCGGUGGUAACAUCACCGCGAAUAAAACCUCAUGAAGAAAAAAUUCCUCAUUGUCGCUCCUGCUAAGAAUUAAGAUUUGUCUUCAGUAUUAGUUGACUUAAUUAUCUCUCCCACGCGUUUAGAACCUUCUCAUCAGUUUCCAUUUUCUUUAGCCACCGAAUAUGUUCUCAUGAAAUCAGUCUUUUCAA